CGGGCUUCAGUAGCCCUGCUGCUCCCUUGAUCCUUGCCUGCCGGGGGAGAGCGAGAGAGCCCUUGGAUCAUAUAAUAAGCUCGACAGACCCUCCAGUGGAACCCUCAGUUGCACACAUCAAGUUUGGGGCCCUACUGUAUGCCUGAAAUCGAAUCAAAAGACGAGAGGUAGUCUACCAUCCAAGCGCAAAUACACCUUGAUCGACUCCAUAGCCUCCUUCUCUGAUCCAUCCACCACUCAUAUCAAUCCGCGUGCCCAAGCUCCCGUCUCUCUCGGUCUCUCCCUCUUUUCUCUCUUGCAUCAAACUCCUUACUACUAAUUCACAUCUUCCACUUUCUCUUAUACCAACUCCAACCAUGGCAAUGUACAUGUCCUCAACCGCAUCUUCGACGACACACAUCAGGUCUCCCUCUGGAACCCCCAUAGACUCUCCACACGAGAUGACUCGAUCACCAUCCGCCGAGCCAAGCAAGCCUGCCAAGCGGAAGGGUACUCGCAGCGUCUCGACUUUGACGCCGUCCCAACUGGCUAGGAAGAGGGCGAACGACAGAGAAGCACAGAGGGCCAUUCGCGCACGAACAAAGGAACACAUCGAACGCCUCGAGAGGGAGGUCGAAGAGCUCAAGAGCAAGCAGAACCGCGACGAGACGCUCCAAGAACUCAUCAGGAAGAACAAGUACCUCGAGAAGGAGAUCGCCAGGCUGCGCGAGACUUAUGGCAUCCCCACCCCGCCAACAUCCCACCCAUAUGCGCCGUCCAUCUACGACGACUCUGCAGUUUCCAGCCGGACCUCAUCAUCUUUUGGGCAACAUUCGCCAGACUACCAUCAGGUCGGAGAGUAUGGAGCUUCCUACAUGACAACCCCCGAGCCUUCCGAACCGUGGACAUCAGUCUUACCUUGCUCCAAUGUUUCAAGCCCAGCAUCGUCCGGAAGUGCAGAAGAAUACGGAUAUAUCCCAACCAGUGUUCCCGCCGGAAUUGAAGGACUCCCUCCCACGUCGCGCGUUGGUGCCUGCAUGAAAUAUGAGGAUAUGGAUAACGAGAACGGAUACCCGCGAAGCAACGGCGUCCCAAUGCCCCCAACCUAUAUGCACCAACAGCAGUGGCCCGUACCAUACAGCGCAACGGUUUACUACCCCCAAUCGCCGGCUCUCUGAGCGGCCCCGGAUCAUUUGGCUCCCCUCCGUCGCUGGUGGGGAGUCAAGUCGAGACCGGCGACGUUGAUGAGUGCUCAUCGACACCGUGUCACGACAAUGGUCUCAAACCAAUCCGGCGACGCCCGAAAUGGGCAAAACUUGAAUUCAAAGACGAAUGCGAACGACGAAUUGGACGACAGAACAUCGAACCGAUCCCCUUUCGACUCGACGCAGUCAUCAUUUUGGUUGACCAAGAAAACAUUUCGAAGAAACCCAAACGCCGGUUUUCGAGACAGCAUUAGCCAAUUUUUUUUUCUUGCUUGUUAACCUGAGACUUUGAAUGCAUUAGUGUGAGGGAGUGGGCCAGCGGCGGCAACAAACAAGCAGGCAUUUCUCCCAUUGGGAUUUGGCUGUUCGGAUGUUCGAGUGGGGGGAACAACAUUAUUUGAGGCCUGGAAUAUUCGACCGAUAUUCGAUCAGAUCAGUUCCUCAUCGCCGAACUCCCGAAGCUCGGCACCGAUUUUCUGAAUUCGUUGUCAACCGAAAACAUUCGCGAUUCUUUGUUACUCCCAUGCUCGUUCGCAACACUACUUUUUAGUUCGACCUGUCACAUCUGCCAUCACGCACGUGUACCACCACUAGUCCAACUUGUUACCGGACCAGACAACGUUUUUUUUUUCGCCACCGUGCGACCCUGGUCACAAGUGGCUUGGUGUUGCUGUCUGCCAAAAAACUUCCGACAUACCAAGCCCCGGGCUUUAUUAGUGCGUAUCAUCACGCACCCCACAAGAGCCUUCCAUCACUUUAUUGGCAGCAUUUGAUGGCCGGUUGGGUUGACCGGCGAGGAGUACCAAAGGCUUGUGCUCAGCAUAGGUCAGAGGUGUCUUCGCUGGAAUCAAAACACAUAUUCUAUUCUUAUUUCGUUUCCUUGCGCUAGCGUACUGCAACAAUUUUCAUAUAAUUUUUACACCACAAUUUAGGGAGGCUGGUUGUUUUGGACGGCGGCGUCGUGGAGGUUACUCAUAUAUCGGCGUAUCAAGAAAGCUCAUAACCAAAGCUGUAUUUGCUUCUUUGUUUUUUGUAUAUAUAGACUGCAUUGCUCUUUGUCUUGUUCAUAUGGAGUGGGACUUGUCUUUGCGUGGUUGGAGUCUGGGAGCAUAUUGGGUUUGAAUAACAUAACUUGGGAAUCAUCAACAUUUGAUCUUAGUUUUUUUGGGGGGCACUUUCCGCCCACUCAUACAUGCGCAUGUUUUGAAUAGCUUUCCCUGAUGCGUCUACCUAUCUAUUCGUUGGCCAUUGGAUGCACGUUUUCUUCUCAUAUCUCUGCGUUAUGAGCUGGGCGAACAAAAAGUCAUUUCGGCAAUGAAAGUGAAAUUCGGACUGGCGGCAUCUUUGGUGGAGUAUGGAUCGUAUUUUGAGUUUGG